GUCCAUUUUCCUUUAUUCUAUCUUUUGUCUUUUUCCAUCUCUAUUUUUCUUCCCUACCCAUUUCAUCUUUUCUUCCCUUCUGUUUUCUCACUACAAGUCAUGUGAUCUUAUCCCUAUGUCUUCGAUUGUGCUUCAUCAUCAAAUGUUCCGCCACCAGAGAAAAUGUCCUGCUUUGAGAGCUUCUUGUGUUCAAGCCGAUGGGAAAGCAAGCAGUCAACCUCUCGAAUUCAUCUCCACACUUCGUCGCACCUUCCCUCUCCCACAACUCCACCCUCGGCGAACAACAAAUCCCGACCAAACUGUUCAAACACAACAGCGACCUAUAAGACCACAUACUACAGGGCCAAAAAAGCAAUGAUACCAACCAUCCUUCUACGGCAAGGUCAGCGAAACCGUUUUCAAGGGUUCAUGUGUAUUGCUUACGCGUGUCUCAAGACCCUUGUUAUGUUUUACCGUGCCGUGGCUAUAAUUCUUCUCUUCCCGUGCUGACAUGUUUACCGUUGAUUGUGCCGUGGUGCAUUUGCCGUCGACUAGGCUUGCCGUGCAACCGUCACUCAAGCUAUGCCGACCUAU